GAGUGCGUGACGAACGAUGGCAGUCCUAAUCAGACCAGUGAUUACAGAGACCACAUUAAUACAUAGAAAGCGUUAGCCACGGAUUAAUUUAUUACCUACAUGAGAAUGCUGUAAACGUGGUAUCACAGUACAUUAAAUGCCGAAGUAAGGUAUGCAGUUGUUAGCCAUAUGGCAGAAACAGCGUUCAGUUUGGCUUUUGGAGCAGUUUCGCUUCUGGGGCAAUGAUAUAGAUUUUAAGGUGAAAUAACAGUAGCAUAAACGGAAGAAUUAGACACGUGCAUCAUUAAACAAAUUCUAUUUUAGAGCAUUUCCACAUCACUUGCAAAAUGUCUGCAGUAAGAACAUUUUUUGAUGAGGUUCCGCUUUUUUCUUCCUCUUUAAGUCAGACAUCUUGUCGUUUAACAUCUUACAGUUGAUGUAAUUAUAGAAAACAAGACCAAACAUUUCAGUAGGGUCUAAAAUCAAAGGUACUAAUAAAUUAAUGAUCCAGUGCGUCGUUUUACAGCUGGAAUCUAACCUCCGUCUUAAGCGGAUAGCUGAAACCACAUGCGGACAUUUUUUGAAACGCUUCUCUUUCAACGGUGUCAUCUCCUUAAAAAGUACCUCUCAUGGAGUUGAGUAGAUGUGACCUUCUGUUUGUGUUUAACUGCUGCGUGUCACUUUUCACAGUAAACAAAGGAUUUGUGGAGACCGUGGAACAGACGGAGACACAGGCCUAAUGCAGGAUUUGAAGGUCCCCUCCUUGUUAGGGAAGAGUCAGCGAGUCAGUGUUGAUCCAGAGGUUACUGCCUACGUUGGGGGUGAUGUCACACUGCACUGUCAGUUUGUUCAGGGAAAAAAUGAAACCAAGCUCAUACAGGGUGAAUGGACGAGGGAGCCUUUGGUGCAACCAUCAGAGAAACCACUGGUGGAAAAGAUUGUGGUCUUUAAGGAGGGUGAGGAGACAAAUUACCCUGAAUCACCCUUGAAAGGAAGAGUCAGUUUAAUAAGCACCUCUGUGCAUGAUGCCUCCAUCAAGAUCGACAAUGUUAAUAAAACAGAUGAGGGGAGGUAUACCUGUACAUACAGCACCUACCCUUCCGGCUCCAUGGAGGGCACCACCACACUCAUCACACAGGUGUCAAAUCCUAGGUCACCACUUGUCCCUGUGGUUGUGUUGGCCAUUCUGCUGGUUAUAAUCCUCAUUGGAGCAGCAGCAUACUUCAUCGUGAGGAAGAGGAGGAGUAGGCCCAAGAUCAAUGCUGUGGUACAUCGCAGAAACACCAACCAGCCACCCAGGACCGCUGAGACAGAGGGCGAGGACAUAACCUACGCGGAUAUUCGUCACGUUACCCCCGCCAGCAGGGGCGCUGCUUUCCCCAAUACCGGCUCAGAAUACACUGAGGUCAGGCACGGCAGCCAGUCAGGCUCAAGGCUGCAGCAUGCAGACCCAGUUCUGUACUCUCAGAAUGUAAGGGUGGAGGGCGGAGACACCACCUAUGCACAGGUUAAAAGGAAGUAA